GGUCGCGAGUGGAGCAUCGCAGAUAAGCAAUCGGCAUCACUGGGACUUGCCAGUAGCUUAGCUGCUUACCUUAACUUCGGUUUGCUUCGUAUCGGUGUGCCCCUCCACGUAGUCCCAAUGCCCCGCACUUCCCUCUUCUUGUCACCAAAUUCCAUAGCGUCAACCAACGCUCUCCGUUGCUUGUCGGGACGAUCUAUCCUCGUCAGCCGUGUUCCGCGUUGCAAUAACACCACACCCCGUUCCGCCGCCCCAGCCAGGACUCUGCGGGACACAAGAUCACCACCUCCAGGUUCUCGCCCGUACCUUACCGACGCAAUCCGUGCCCACCAAGCCCGCAAAAUGGCACCCCAACUCGACGGCUACUUCCAGCAGGUUGACGCCCUGUCCGACGCCUUCAUCGAGCGCCUGCGCCAAGCCGUCGCCAUCCCGUCCGUGUCGUCCGAGGCUGCCCGCCGCCCCGAUGUCGUCCGCAUGGGCCACUUCCUCGCCGACGAGCUGAAGAAGCUCGGCGCCCACGUCGAGCUGCGGCCGCUCGGCAAGCAGCCCGGCACUGACCUCGACCUCCCCCCCGUUGUGCUUGCGCGCUACGGGAACGACAAGAACAAGCGGACCAUCCUCGUCUAUGGCCACUACGACGUGCAGCCUGCGGAGAAGAGCGAUGGUUGGGACACAGAACCCUUUGAUCUGACGGUCAUGGAGGACGGGCGCAUGUGCGGCCGCGGUUCGACCGAUGACAAGGGACCCGUGCUGGGCUGGCUGAAUGCGAUCCAGGCGCACCAGGCCGCCGGCAUCGAGUUCCCCGUCAACCUGCUCAUGUGCUUCGAGGGCAUGGAAGAGUAUGGGUCGGAAGGUCUCGACGACCUCGUCAACGAGGAGGGGAAGAAGUUCUUUGCAGACGCGGACGCUGUGUGCAUCAGCGACAACUAUUGGCUCGGCACUGAGCGCCCCUGCUUGACAUACGGGUUGCGGGGGUGCAACUAUUACAGCGUCGAGGUUUGGGGCCCCGGUGCUGACCUCCACAGCGGCGUCUUCGGCGGCACUGCGCAGGAGCCCAUGACGGACCUCGUGCGCAUCAUGAGCUCACUGGUCGACACCGACGGCAAGAUCCUCAUCCCAGGUAUCGCCGAGCAAGUAGCUCCCGUCACGGCCGAGGAGGACGGCCUCUACGACGACGUCGCCUUCACCAUGGAGACACUGCACCAGUCGCUGGGCAGCAAGACAACCAUCUUCGAGGACAAGAAGCGCACGCUAAUGGCCAGGUGGCGGUACCCGUCGCUCUCGCUGCACGGCAUCGAGGGUGCUUUCUCCGCCCCCGGCGCCAAGACGGUCAUCCCAGCCAAGGUCAUCGGCAAAUUCUCGAUCCGGACGGUGCCCGACAUGGACAUCGACAAGACGAACGAGGCCGUGUACCGCUACGUGGAAGACGUCUUCAAGAAGCUCGGCUCCAAGAACAAUAUGAAGGUGUAUGCCCAGCACACUGGCAAGUGGUGGGUUGCCAGUCCCAAGCACUGGAACUUCAGCGCCGCGGCCAAGGCGACGGAGCGCGUCUGGGGCGUCAAGCCCGACUUCACCCGCGAGGGCGGCAGCAUUCCGGUGACGCUCACCUUCGAGCAGGCCACGGGCAAGAACGUGCUGCUCCUGCCCAUGGGCUCCUCCACUGACGGCGCCCACUCGAUCAACGAGAAGCUGGACAAGCGGAAUUACAUUGAGGGUAUCAAGUUAUUGGGUGCCUACCUGCAUUAUGUGGCAGAGGAGCCCAUGAACUAGAUGGAUGAGGGGAGGAAAGUUCUGGAUGUAGAGCUCGAUGUACAGGUACUCGGGCGUCCGGCGAUAGCGUCCACUUCACCCAAGAUCAGUACUUACACGAGGAGCAGUCCACUGCGGUGAAUGGAAGUGCCACGGCCACGGGCGCAGACACAGCGCCUGGUACCGUAGUCAUCAAGACACAGCAUGUACACCAUCGAAUUGAAGCACAUGAAUUCCGCUGACU